AUGUGGCCCGCGUACUCCUCGAUGUGGCCGCCUCCCCCCGGGCACUUCCACCAGAUGGCGCCCAGCCAGCCGCCCGCGCCGCAGGCGCCCGCGUCCGGGUGGCCCGAAGGGCAGGCGGCCGCGGACGCCGUGUACCAGCAGGCGGCGGAUGCGGCCUCCUCAAGCUCCCAAGCGCAGCAGGCGGGGUGGUACUAUCCACAGGGGGGGGCCCAGUAUACGAACACCUCCUUGUGGUCUGGCGUCCAGCAACAACAGCAGCAGCACCAGGGGAGUGCCUACGCCGUGUCGGAGUGCCCACCCACCGGGGAGUACCCGCCGUACGGUGUGAAGGGCUGGGAGCGGUUUGAUCCGGGGUUGAACGCGGGCGAGGUCGCCGCCCAGGCGCCCCAGCCCCCCCCACCGGCGCCUCCACCGCCACCGCCCUGCGUGCCCCCUCCCCCGCUUCCGGAGGAGCCCGGUACAGACGCCCAGCACGGGCAUCCGCCCCCGCCCCCGCCCCCACCCCCCGAAUCGACAUCCGGGUACCCCAGCUCAUCAGCCCCCCUGCCAGGCGGCGUUCAGUCGGUUGGCGGUCAGUAUUGGGAUCCAACACGGGCCUCUCAGCCAUGGCAGUCUGUGGCCUCACAGGGGCCGCAGUGCCAUGAGACACAAGAGAGCUGGAUGGAAGGCCACGGCUUGGCAGCAGCGCAGGAUGCCAGGGGAAGGGAUGUGGCAGGCUUGGGCGUGGGCCAGCUGCCGCAGGGGUACUAUGGUUCAAUGCAGACUGGUGGGCUUGCCAAUUGGCACCAGGAUGCCAACCAGGUUCAGCAGUCUGCGUGCCCGUCAGGCUAUGCAGGCCCGUCGGUGUAUCCAACUGAUGCAGCCAUGGCUGGCUGGCAGCAGGCCAUGUCAGUUGGACACCAGAAUGCGAAUGCAGUGGAUCCAUGCCAAUUGGGAGCUGUGUACACUGUCCCUGGGGUUGCUCCGCAGGGCUACCAGGCACCCAAGGUGCCUGUGCCUGUAACCAAGGUGAAAAUUAAGACGCUCUUGCAGAAGAUGGCACAGGCGGGGAGGAAGCCGAAAAAGGUGGCAGCUAUUCUUCGUGGCCUGCCUGGGAGUGGCAAGACAGAAAUCGCGCGGAAACUCAAAGAACAAGCACUUGCAUGCGGGCUGGAGGCACCAAGGAUACAUUCGAUUGAUGAUUAUUUCAUGACGGAAGUCGAAACAGUGGUCCCUGCCCCAGAGUCUGGGCGGAAAGGCAAGCAGAGAAAGAUAAUGGAGCUUCAGUAUGUCUACGAACCUGAGAUGAAGGAGGUGUAUCAACAGAGCCUGAUCAAGGCCUUUUGCCGCACAGCUGACGAAGGGCGAUUCUCCUUCAUAAUCCUGGAUGCUCCGAACAUUAGGAAUGCUGAAUUCAAGGAUUGUUUAGCAGCAGGCCAGGUGAUGUGUUGCGAGCAGUGCUGUACAUUGACUGUCACGACCGGGAACAUCUUUGUCCCUUGUGCAGGGCAAGGACAGAUUGUAAAACCAGCAGACUGUCCCUUGUUAGGUCCUGUUCUCUUGUCUUUUCCUGCCUUCAGGUUGCAGCAGAUUUGA